AUGGCUGGCGGCGUGCCGCGGGCCAAGGGUGCUGUGCGGCAGGACUGGACGUGCAAGUCCUGCGUCAGCAAGAGAGGGCGAACGGUCGUCAACUGGGGAACGGCGCUCAACUGUCAGGGCUGCAGGCUGCCCAAGGCCACGUGCUUCGGGGCGAACGUCUCGCUCCCUGCGGCGGCCAAGUCGAAGUCGAAGUCGGGUGCGGCGCCGGGGCGGCGGCAGCGGCAAGGCCCCUCCCUGGGCUGGGCCGCCGCUGUCGGUGCCGAAGCUGCGGACCUCAAGAAGCAGCUCAAGGCCAGUGGGCCUGCCAGCGCUGGCGGGCCGCUCGGCGGGGCGCAGGCCAUGGAGGUCGGCGUCGGCGAGGGCGCUGGUGCUGGCGACGCGGCGGUGCUCGCCGAGAUCCACAUGUGCGAGUCGGGCCUGCACACCAUCAAGGAUCAGACGGCGGACUGGGCCACGCCGACGCGGGGGGAGCUGCGCGCAAGGCUAGAGAAGGGCAAGGCGCGGCUCUUCGCCAGCAAGCCACUCCACGCACGGACGCACGACAUCGCCAACAAUGCCAAGCAGUGCGCCGAGCGCCUGGAGAAGGAGAGGUGCGCGAUGGCGCAGAGCGGGAAGGGCAGUCCUAGCCUGCGCCCGAGGCAACAAUGCCUGGAAGCGGCAGCGGCCCAGCCGUCGUGCCGCACUGGCAGCCUGGGGAGGAGUCGGUGGAGCAGCUCCAGCAGCGGCUGCGGAAGCAUGGCCUGGAACGUGAAGGCGGCGAGGAGUCAGCCGUGCGCGCCCGCUGCGCUGCGCUGGCCAGCGGAGGCUUCCAGCCUUGCCAGGAUCCUGCUGAUCCUCAGCACGUGGUUUGGCGCCAUGGCGAGGGGCAUCAUCUUCGCGGCGAACGUGACGGCGGGGGCGGGGUCCUUGGCGCUGUGCGUCGAGGGCAUCUGCGAGCGGGCAGAGGCAUUGGUCCUCCUGGUCCAGGGGCAUCGCGCCAGGGACCACGACACGCUGGCCGCACUGCAGCAGGCAGGCACCUCUGGCGGGGUGGCGGUGCCUGCGCGCUCGCGCAUCAUAGUCACCAGCCCGCUUUUCCUGGAGAGCCCCGUGCUGCUGGCCGCGCGUCUGGUGGCCGCCCGUGUGAACUGGGGAAUGGCGGGCGGGUUCGUCGCCAUUUCUCCGAACUUCCACGACAGUGCGGGGUGGAAGGCGGACAACCAGCACGUGGCGGCCGUUCUCAUGAAGUACCUGGCCAAGCUCAGCGCGGCUGGGAUCAACUGGGUCGUGGGCGGCGACUUCAACGUGGAACCCGAGAAGUUUCCUGCGCGGCAGCUCCACGGGGUCCGUGGGCUGUGGGCGGCGGCAGAGGAUGCCACCUGCAGGUCGCGUGCUGGGGCCUGGUCGGCGCUGGACUACUUCCUCUCGCAGCCAAGCUUGCCCCGAGGCUUGGCAGGCCGCGGGUCGACGAGCACGGCGCGUCGCACUGGAGAUGCACGCGCAGGACCUUCCGAUGCAGGCACGGGCGGCGAGGGGCCCGCAGCCGAUCGGCCCUGCACCGCCGUGAGCUGCAGCCGCGGCGCCGAGGGCUGGCGCGGGCCCCUGGCCAAGGUGCGCGCAGCCGUCAGCCGAGAGCACCUCCCUGAGGCAUGGGGCGACGUGGUGGCCACAGUCGAGCAGGAACUCCUGGACCGCUACGACGUCGUCGGGCAUGACAGGACCGAGUGCGUCAGCAGGCGGGCUGGGCACCUGGUGGGGGUCGGGGCGUGCGUCGCCAAAGCGGUCCGCCAACUCCGCGGCGCCAGCCCCCUCUGCUCGCUGUUCGAAGCCCAGUUUGACAAGCUGGCGGGGCCCCUGCUGGAGGCGGCGGCGUACCUCGACAAGAUCAUCCGGAUGCUGGUGUUCGCGCAGGCUGGCUUCGCGGGACAGUCGUCGAGGCUCGUGCAGUGCGCUAACGGUCAGUAUGCAGCGGCUCUCGCGGCGCAGCAAAAGGAGUGGGUCAAGUGGGCCGACGGGUCAUUAUCCCACGGGGCUGGCCGCGCCCAUCGGUGCUCCAAGGUCAGGGACUUGCAGGAGGUGGUCACUGCCUGGCAUAGCCAGCAGCAGGACGCGAGCCCGCGUCUGGUGUGCGAUCUGGAGAUGCAGCCGCGGGCAAAGGUGCGGCGGCGCCAUGGGCUGCCGCAGGCGCGCAGGCCUGCGGACAUUGAGGAGUGGGAUGCGCCGCCCGAACUCACCGUCGACAAGAUGAAGAAAGCGGCGCUCUCAUUCCCCACGGGCACGGAAAUGGGGCUUGCCAAGAGAGGCAUGCGUGCCCUGUCUUUCCUGUCCGAGGACGGCAUUUAUGUUUGCGCGCGGCUCCUCAUGCGCAUGGAGAAGUUGGGCGCGUGGCCUGAGGGCCGCCUGUGGCACGCCAUGCGUCGGCUGCCAAAGCCCUCUGGAGGGCGCCGCCUCAUCGCGAUCACGCAUUAUUUGGUGCGCUGGCGGUCGAGGGCGCGGGCGGACAUCUCCAAGGGCUGGCUCGCGCAGCACCCGAGCGUCGACAUCUGGGGGCUCGGCGCGGGCAGGUCGUCGUCUGAUGCAGCGCUCGACCUAAACCUCGAGACCGAGGUAGCGGUCGCGUUGGAGGGGCAGGUGGCCGCCGUGCCCCUGGACGCCUGGAAUUUCUUCGAGACGGUGAUCCUCGAGGACCUGAUAAAGGAGGCGCGGCUGCUCAAGAUGCCGCUGCCGCUGGCCUGGCUUGUGGUGGAGCUCCACAGGCAGCCCUGGCGGCUGCAAGCGUUCGGCUCGGUGUCCUACGAGGUUGUGUCCUACCAAGGGGUGCUGGCUGGGCCCCUCGUAGACGACGUCGCCCUUCAGUGGGCCAGGACCGCGGGAAGCAACGCCGGCGUCCUGUGGGCCGCGGUCACGCGCUUCCGCGAGGAGGCCAAGAAACUGGGCAUCAUCGCGCAGCCCGCCAAGUCUGGCUACGUGCCCUCGUCCACGGGCCUAGCCGCAGAGUGCAGGAAUCAUGCGGGAUCCCGCGGCCUGCAGCUGCUACACUGGGCUCGCGAUCUAGGGCAUGACCUUGGAGGAGGCAGGAUCCAGCGACGGCAGACCAAGCUGCGGCUGAAGGCGCUGGCGCGGCGGCGCGGGCGCCUGGCGGCGUUGAAGCGCGCUGCUGGCCGCCAGGUCACCCUGCUGCGGCGCGCGGGGCUGCUCCCUAGCGCCGGCCACGGCGCGGGCGUCGCGGGCCCGUCGGGCGCGACGAUCUACCUGGCCACGCAGCGCGGCGCGAGGUUUGAUCCAGUCUACGAGGCGACGGCGGCGCUCGUGGUCAGGUACUCCAGCCGGGCCUCCAUCACGCAGCGGCUGGUCGAGAAGCCGACGCGGGGGCCGGCGGGCGGCCCGAUUGCCUCGACGACGCUCACGCUCUGGAGGAUCGGCUGGCACAUGCGGUCUAGCCUGGCGCUGGUCACUGACGAGGAGCAGCACAUCAACCUGCUCGCCACCUCGCCGUCGGACCUCAAGGCUUACCUCGUCGAGGGGGUCAGCCGCUGGCAAGGGCGACAGAUCCUGGGCCACUUCGGCGGCGCGCAGCCCACGGGGCCGAUCUGGAUGCGGGCCCCGAG